GAGCCGCCUGCGGGUGAUUCUUCCAUUGGAGAGGGCGGAGCUAUGUAAGCAGCUAUCUGACACGUAAGACUCCUACGUAAUUUCUAAGGAAGAACUUGCGUCUUUGGUAGAAGUUGGAUGUGGAAACAUCGCCGACUUGAUGUAGUUGACCUGUAGCGUGUAUGUAGAGAGGUUGGAGGCUCCGAAAGCGCAUCAGGAAAGAGGAGCGGACGCGCAAGAUGAGAUUUUCAGCCCUUUUUUCUGCCCUGAGGUCGCUGGGCCCGGUAGUAAUCGGCAUUUCUUUAGGAUUCUCCUUGAGUUUGCUGAGUGUGAACUGGACAGAAGAAGCAUGUUAUGUGGACGGGCACGACGCUGAUGGCGCUGCUUUGGCUCAGGACGAACACUUUAAAGGAGCUAGGAAGACCAAUUCCAUUUCAGUCCUCAACGACGUGGAGUCCGAGGCGGAUUUCGAACCACGAGUAGUCCCGUAUAAUCAAGUCAAGCCAAGUACUCCUAAGAAAGUUUUCAGGGCAAAAUACAUAAGCACAGAAUUGGGGAUGCGCGAGCGUCUCUUCGUUGGAGUCCUGACGUCUAAAAACACCAUAAACACCCUGGGUGUAGCUGUCAAUCGCACUAUUAGCCAUCACCUGGACCCUGUGGUCUUCUUCACCGGCACACGCAACCGCAAAGUCCCCCAUGGCAUGUUCGUAGUCACGCAUGGGGACGAAAGGCUAAUCUGGAACAUGUUUCAGACUGUUAAAUACAUCUUUGACCAUUACAUCAAAGACUAUGAUUGGUUUUACUUGGUCCAAGAUGACGUCUACACUGAAGCCGACAGAAUCAAAAAUCUUGUGGAUCACCUGAGUAUUGAUCGAGAGCUAUAUAUGGGCUGUCCCGAGGAGUUCAUUGGUGGAGAGAUGGAAGGGAGGUACUGCUACGGAGGGUUCGGGUACCUCCUGUCUCGUACCCUUCUUCUUCGGCUUCAACCGUUCCUGGAAAACUGCAGGAACGAUAUCCUCAGCGCCAGGCCUGAUGAGUGGCUCGGGAGAUGCAUCAUUGACUAUACGGCUACAAACUGUGUCAACAACUAUGAGGGGCUCCGCUACCACCACUACCAGUUGGGAAAAAACUCUGAUCCAAGCAAAGAGCAGAGUGAGCAGUUCAAAAAAGCUCUGACUGUCCAUCCAGUGUCUGACCCCGAACAGAUGUACCGACUCCACAGAUACUUCACUGAGAUUGAACUGCAGAAGACUUACGAUGAGAUUGCUAAGCUCCAGGCAGAAAUCAUGAAUGUCAGCGUGGUGGCAUUUGAGGGCAACCGAAGUGCCCAUUGGCCGAUUGGGAUCAACCCACCCUUUGAACCAAAUACUCGAUUUGAAGUUUUAAAGUGGGAGUACUUUACAGAAGAGGAGAUGUACGCAUGCAUAGAUGGAUCCCCAAAGUGUGAACUGCGUGGCAUUGACCGCAUGGAUGUGGCUGAUGUCAUUGACGUAGCUGUAGGAGAGCUGAACAAGAAGUACAAACCGGUCUUGCUCCUGAAAAAGCAGCAUCUGAUUAAUGGCUACAGACGCUUUGACCCUACCAGGGGCAUGGAGUACACCUUAGAUCUGCAGCUCGAAGCGGUCAACCAAAAAGGUCGUAGUCGUUCAAUCUCCAAGCGUGUUCAUUUGGUGCGACCUUUGAGCCAAGUAGAGAUCAUUCCCAUGCCCUAUGUCACAGAAGCUACAAGGGUUCAUGUCAUUAUACCAAUAUCUGUGUUGGAACGGGACUAUGUCGAACAUUUCUUGAAGGUCUUUGCCUCAAAUUCAUUUGAGACAAGUGAAAACGCCAUCCUCACCUUCUUAUUUAUUUAUGACCCAGUGGAGGCACAGCAAGUUCACCAGAAUGACAUAUUUGCUAGCGUAAAGACUGAAAUAAACAUCCUCGAGGGUAAAUUCUCCUCAGUGAAAAUCCCUUGGAUCAGCGUUAAGACGGAAACACCAUCUCAGAUCAAAUUCAUGGACAUCAUUUCAAAGAAGCACCCGGUUGACACUCUGUUCCUCUUAGCGGGUGUUAACACCAAUAUCAAUGCAGAGUUUCUGAACCGUUGCCGCAUGAAUUCCAUAAACAACUGGCAAGUGUUCUUCCCCAUCCAUUUCCAGGAUUACAAUCCCGAUGUGGUUUAUCACAACGAGCCGCGCCCGACCACAGUCGACCUGGGCAAAGACUCUGGGCAUUUUAAUCGCUGGUCGUUUGAUGAAGCUUGUUUUUACAAUGCAGACUAUAUGGCAACACGCACAAAAAUGCUUGAAGAUGUCCAAGAGAACGAGGAGAUCCUAGAGACCCUGGACAUUUAUGACAUGUUUGUCAAGUACUCGGGUCUGCAUGUGUUCAGGGCCGUAGAGCCAGCUUUGCACCAGGGUUACCACUACCAAGCCUGCAACCCACGGCUUAGCGAGGACAUCUACCACCGGUGCGUUCAGAGCAACUUGGAAGGUCUUGGUUCUCGCCCCAAACUGGCCAUGGUGCUGUUUGAACAAGAACAAGGAAAUAGCACGUGAUAAAGCAAAGCAAAGCAACUAAACCUCUCUGUGUUGGCAUGUGUGCAAAUGGAAGCUGUGGGUUUCUUCAAAUGACUUCCGGGGUCAUAGGAAUUUGGAUAUGUCUGAAAAUAAUAGCAACUUCACACAGAAUGUAAUAUAUUACAGGGUUUCGAAACAGUUAUGACCCAACCGAACAUUCCCAAAGAGUUUGUGGAACUUAGCUUAAAAUGAGUGCAGUACAUUUGUAAUUAUUCUUCAAAACAUGUUUACAAGAGUUGUCCUUUUCGAAGAGUUGGCACAACCAAAUGGUUAUGUUUGUCUCCACAGUCUGAGAGAUGCAAUAAGUCAUAUUUGACCACUAUGCUUGAAGAACAGGGCCUUGUUGUGCAAGUAGUUAGCCAGUUUUCAUGACUAGGUGUUGACGCGUGGCCAGCAGUGGCACAGCACGGCUCUUUCUCUGCACCCGUCGCCUCUGACACUGACUGGGAUCUUUAUCUAGGUUUUGCACUAAGGGGUAGGUUGCAAUUUUUGGUGAUAGACAAAGCACGGCGGCUAUUGCGAGUUUUCAUGCAUGUCGGUCCAAAGUCAACCAAAUAUAGUGGACCCUCGGUUGGCAUGCGCCCCCUUUUAGCGUAUUUCCGGUCAAGAUCUUACGCAAACAUUUUUGAUAAUUUUGUUAUUUAUACAGUGCGUGAAUCCAACUGUUUGUAAUGUACAGUAUUUUUAUCGCAUAGCGUUCCUCUUAGCAGCUUAUUAGCAUUGUCAUUGUCCUCCCAGCUCCAUCACACUACUGAACUGUAGUUCUUUGCUAGCAAACACAGUUACGCCACACGCCACUGUUAUUAUUCCUUUCUAUAAAAGGAAGGCAGUGACAAGCGCCUUCCAGCAUGCCCUCCAUUCCUUCAGAAUGGAAUAAGUGCUGCAAGCGCCUCUCUGUAUUUUAUUGUCCGAUUAGCAAGAAUAUUGAUGUUCCACUCACAUUAAAUACGUUAUUUCAUACGUUAUUAAAUACGAAAGCCAUGGUGUACAAUACUGUGCAACAUUAUAUUAAUGGCGACAUGCUGACAAACAAACUGGUAGGUGCCAUAAUCCAAAUCAGUGCAGUCAUUCAGUGCACACAGACGGUAGGCAGGGCUUGUGCACGAAGCUGGGAGGAAAUCUCAUGGCAUCCUCAUCAUAGUUUGCUGUCCUGUAUUUGAUCAGAAAAUGUGCAAAUUCAGCAAUUUUUAAUUAAGAAAAUUUUAUAAAUGAAUGGGAACGUACUGGAAAUACAUUUCUAAUACAGUUCAAUGGGCAAAGUAAUUUUGACAAUUUGACAUUUUUGUUACAAAAGGUCUUCAAUCAACCUAUCCAUUUUUUUACCGCUCAUCCUCACUAUGGUCACAAGGGGUGCUGGAGCCUAUCAGGUGCGAGGCGGGGUACCCCCUGGACUGGUGUCCAUCCAAUCCCAGGGCACAUAUAGACAAACAACCAUUCCCACCCACAUUCAUACCUAUGGACAAUUUGGAGUGCAUUUCAAAUAGUUGUCUGCACAUAAAAGUGUGUCAUGUUAACAUUACCUGGGUGUGGAACGGAUUAAUUGGAUUUGAAAAAUGAUGUAUUGGAUGAAAGUACAUUUCAGGACCUUCCGGAAGGGAUUAAUGAUGCUUAAAGAGGUUCCACUCAAAAAGAUUUGAGGGUGGUUUGCACUAUUACAGAAGAGGGUUUUAGGUUCGAAACUGGUUUUUGGAGUUAAGAUGUUCUGUGUUUGCCUGCUCUGGUUAUCUUCAGGUGCGCCCCACAGAUCAAAAACAUUGAACAUUAGGUUAAUAAGAGCUGCAUUUAACUUAUUUGCAGAUGUGAAUAUAUUCCCUAGCAAAAUUGCUGUAAUUGUGCCUUGAAACUGAAUUUCAUAUGAUGGUUCUUUUUAAAUCAUAUUUGUGUUAAUUUGCAGUUCAGGAUCUGCACUUGCUGUAUUUUUUGUCAGUUUUUUGGUACUGAUAGCACAUGGUUUUGUAUCUUGAAGCCUGUUACAGGGACUGGCAUACUGGGUCUACAGGAACUGGGUCCACAUGUUUGUGCCUCAAAGCACGGACUGGAGCUCCCCCCUCCCACAUUUCCUGUUGGUUUUCGGUGGACAGAAUCUUGUGUAGGAAAAGUGGUGUCCAAGUGAGUUCA